CACGACAUUUCGCCGGAAACCGACGCCGCGCGAGGACACAGAGUUUAACGCGACUCCAGACCGCGCACACCUCUCACCUUGCUUAUUCACCGCAAGCCAGGAGACACGCAGGCAUUUCCCUUCGUUCUAUCAGAAAAAAACCACACAUCAUGAGUGCCAAGGAAAACAACGAGGUCGCCGUCGAGAAGGUGACGGAAAACGAAAAGCCGGCGGUCGACGCAAAGUGCGAGAUCAAAGGCAUCAAAAGGCCAAUCGAGGAAAAGAGCGAAGACACGAAAAAACAGAAGAAGGAAGAGAACGGUGAUGGAGAGGUUGAAGAAGAUGAAAGUGAUGAGGCGAUUCGAGGUGAGGAGGAUGACGUAGACGGUGAGGAUGGCGAGGAAGACGAGGAGGAGGAUGAAAUUGAAGGUGAAGAGGACAUCGACGAAGGAGAAGAUGAGGAAGAGGACGACGCGGAAGGCGACGGCGAGGGCGUGGAAGACGAGGAAGAUGACGCAUAAUGAAGGAAAGGGUGAGCUGUGCUGCUGCAUGUAAGUACGAAGGGAGGACCGAAGGCAGUGUUGUUUUUGAUGGCAGCCGUUCGAUUGUCGACCAUCUUUUUCUCAGCAAACACUUGCUCUCAUAUUGAGUGGUUAGUAGCAAUAAUGUUGGCGAUCAUGAUGAUAAAGGCCCAUCUUUGGUAUACUGUCCGGGACCCCUCCUCCCAUACCCUGCUCUUUUGCAACCCUCUAACGUUGUCGUCGUCAUCAUCAUCAUUGUCGUCG